AUGCGCUCUACGCUCGCCCUCGCUCUCGCAGCGACCGCCGCCUCACUCACCUCGCCCGUCCUCGCCUCCUCGCAUGGACACAGCUCGCACGCGCAGGGACUCGCCAAGCGCCAUGUGAUUGGUGAUGGUGGGAUGGUCAGGAGGAUGGUGAGGCGUGUCAGGAGGGCCGAAGGCGCGGCCGUCCUCUCCCUCCCCUCCAACUCUUCCACCACGAACACCACCACCUCGUCGUCGUCGAACACCUUGGACAAGAAGAAGCAAUACACGUCGACCGCGAUCUGGUGGGCUGAAGCCGGAUGGAUCGGGUCGUGCGGAGAAGUCAUCUCCGACACCGACUAUGUCCUCGCCCUCCCCCUCUCACUCUACCCCACCCCCUCCUCCCCCUCUCCGCUCUGCAACCAAUCCCUCACCCUGUCCGCCCCCUCGACCGGCAAAUCCCUCACCGCGCGCGUCGUAGGAGCGAGCGACAGGGAUUCCUAUACGGCGAUGAGUAAGGCGGCGUUCGAGGCGCUCGGAGGGGACUUGGAGGGUGGUGAGGUGGGAGUGGUGAUGGAGUUUGUCGAUAGCGGCGUGGCGAUCCCUUCGUCGUCCGCGGUCCAGUCGGGCGCGGGAAAGGUCGUAGCUGCGGCUUCGAGUUCCGCCAACUCGCCUGCCGCCGUCGCGCAAACUACGACGACUCAGGCCGCGAAGACCUCGUCCCCGGCUCAGACGACUACCCAGGCUCCGACGACGCAGGCGAAGCAGACGACCUCCGCGACGACGACGACGAGCUCGUGGGACUCGGCUUCCGCUGCGUCGGCUUCGGCGGCGUCGAAGAGUAGCGCUGAUGCGGCUUGGGCAUCGAGCUCGUCCGCUGCCGCUGCUGCCGCUGCCGCCUCCAAGAGUAGCGCCGACGCCGCUUGGGCUUCGAGUUCGUCGGCCGCUGCUUACAAGAUGUGGGCUUCGUCGUCUUCUUCCGCUGCCGCUGCUGCCGCUGCCUCCAAGUCCUCCGCCGACGCAGCCUGGGCCUCCUCCUCCUCCGCCGCCGCCGCCGCAGCAGCCGCCUCAAAGUCUUCCGCCGACGCAGCCUGGGCUUCUUCGUCGUCCGCUGCCGCUGCUGCGAAGGCUACUCAGACCUCUUCGAGCGGAGGAGACGGUGGUUCGAGCGGUGGUGGGAAGGUCUACACUGGAGGGAUCGCGACGUUCUUCUACCAGAACGGCGUCGCAGGUAACUGCGGCCAAGUCAACUCGGACGACAGCUACAUCGUCGCGCUCCCUACCUCGACGUACGCCGGCGGCUCUCACUGCGGCCAGAGCGUCAAGAUCACCCGCUCCGACACGGGCCAGUCAAUCACCGCAAAGGUCGCCGACUCGUGCCCUACCUGCAACAACGCGAGUUGCCUUGAUUUGAGUGUGGGAGCGUACAAGGCUUUGGGAGGGACGGACUCGAUGGGUGUUUUCGACAUCACCUGGCAAUUCGUCUAA